GUCGUUGCCCGUAGUAUGUUUCAACAAGAACUUUUAAGUUUUGUGUUGUAGCCAGUGUAGCUAUGUGUGCUAAAACUGUAAAAGUUUGGGAAUACAAAGUUUGUUUUUAGUUGGUUUAGUUUGGUGGUUCUAGUUAUCAUCAAUUCAUGAGUUUCAAUUGAUAGAAAUAUUAACUAAUACCGCUUUUAAAUCAGUAAUCAUGAGGAAAAGAAGCAUGGCAGGUAAUUGUGGGAUCAUUGUUUUUGUGAUUGCCCUUGUGACUGUGGCAUUGGCAUUCGGCACGCCCAGCUGGCUCGUUAGCGAUUAUAGGAUACGAGGAGCGAAGUUGGACAGAUUGGGAUUAUGGAGUCACUGCUUUAGAUCGCUGCCCGAUCCUUUGGAUCAGUAUCAAAGACGAUUUUUCGUUGGCUGCCGUUGGGUUUAUGAUCCCUUUACAACUGGAUACGAUAAAAUCCGUGGUUAUCUGCUUCCAGGUUUUAUGAUAGCAACUCAGUUGUUUUACACUCUCUGUUUGAUUGGCGUAUUGAUUUCAACUAUUUUGGUCAUCGUAUUUUUCUUAUGUUGCGGGCCCGAUCAAAACCGAUACGUCAUGAUUAUAAGGGUCAUAGGAUUUUUAAUGUUUGGUGCAGGGAUAAGUGGCGUUAUAGCAGUAAUAGUGUUUGCUUCCUUGGGGAAUACAGAUGGUUGGAUGCCCGAUCACGCUAACAAUUAUUUAGGGUGGUCGUUCGGCCUCGGCGUUGUAGGUGCAAUUGCCUGUCUAGUAACCGCCGUAUUGUUUCUCACCGAGGCAAACAUACAACUGAAAAAACGCAAGAGGCUAAAGGAGUCACAGGCGCGGUUCGAGAUGGAACACGAAUCGAAAGCGUAACUUUAACGCAAGAUGAGAUAACAUUACAUAAAAAGCCUUCACUUAAUCAUUUAUAGUUUAAAGUAGAGGUAAUAAGAUAUCAUAGCUUCAACAACAAUUAAAUCAAAGACUUCUUUAUAUUUAAACAAGCCAAUACCAUAAGCUUUUGUGACACGCGUGUUCUUAGUUCUGACUGAAGUAUAUUACCAAUGGCUAUUGGGAUACAUAUUUUUAGGAAUUAAAUUUUUGUCAUAGGUGACAUAUUUUGUAUAUAGCACUUGCUUGAAUGUCAUCCUGCGUAAUUACGAUUUUGUAAACUGUACUAAGUUAUUUCCAUUGUUGUUACGUUAUUGUUCAAAUUACAUUCCUUUCAGGGUUUCAAAAACGCUCUGGAGACACCUUCCAUCGCACAGAGCAGUAUUCUUUUAAUAUUGUUUAGGAUCUUGUUUCAGAACUAUAAUCUAUAUUAAAGGUUUGCCUGAUAUGUAUCAGGCAACUUAUGUUAUAAAUGCAAAUGUGAGUACUCAAGAAUAAGGUGUGCGUUUUAAGGGGUACCGUAAAAGACAGAAACUGUUGGAAAAAGGACAAACCGAAUUUAUUGAUAAAACCAACAUUACUUCGGGCGUAGCCGCGGGCAAAAGCUGGUGUCAUAUAAAAAUAUCUUAAUAAUAUUUAAAUAAUUCUGCUAGCGAUGGCAGUUAUAACAAUUAACACUGCUCUAUGAAGCAUGCAGCAAACAUAGCUGGGAACUAAUUAUAAAAGCACAGCUUGAUCCGAAUCUCCUAGCAGUGCGUAGACAAUGUCGUAGGUAAUUCGACGCUUAAAAAUACGGCAAUUACUUGACCUCGAUAGCAGGAUAUGACACAUGGAGUUCUUAUUUCAUGCAGGCAGUGGUCCGAUGGCCAUCUAUGCACACAAUACUGAUGAUAUUAUAAAAAAACACAUAUAUUAUUUAAUUAAACAAAGUGCUCAGCAAUAGCGUCCGCGGUUAUUAUGUUAGGUACACAAUAAAAGUCAUGGUUGCAUGUAUUGUCCGCGAUAAGUUGACAUGGCAAUUUCAACAAAUUCAAGUUAAAAUAUCCAUGACUAUUUACUAAAUGGCAACGGCGAAGUAAGCAUGAUAAAAAUCGAAAAGUGGGUCCAACGUGAAUUAAAGCAGCAGGGAUCGAGAUUCCGUCUUCUGACGUCAUCCGGACGUGGACCCUUACUACGGUCACGGGAGCGUUCGGACUAAACAUUAGUCCAAAAGU